GCCCCGGGCACACUCGCUCGCCUGCUCGGCGCACGGAGGAGCCUGUCCCCGAGCCGCGCCAGCCGAGCCAGCCGGGCGCCGUGCUCGGUCCGCUCGCCGCGCCGGAGAGAGCUGCCCGAGACAGAGCCAGCCCGCCGGCGCCGAGCUGCCGAGCGCCCGGCCCAGGAGCCCCUGAGUGCGGCGCGGCGAGCCCCCGGCGGCGGCAGAGGGACCCGAGCGCCAGGAGAGGGCGGACGGGGGACAAGGAGGCUCCCGGCCGCGACGAGGAGAGUCUCGGAGGAGAAGGCGGCGUGAGGGACCCCGGGGCCUCCAGCCGCCGCAGCCGAGUCGGGGCGAGCAGCCCAUACGGGGAGCCCCGGCGGCCAGCAGCGGCCAGGGGAGGGGGCGCCGGCGGCCCCCGCACUAGAGAGCAGAGGGCGAGAGCGCGCGACCUGCCAGGGGCCCGCCGCGGCCGCCGUGCCGCCCUCCCCCGCGCUGUCAGCCCCGCGGGGCGCAGCCGCCGCCGCAGCAUCUUCUGCCCCUGCGCCCCCGUCAGCCCCGAGGAAGUCCCCGCUGAGGACCGGGGCCCCCGGGAGCGCAAGAGGAAAGACCAGAGACUCCCCUAAAUCACCCAGAUGCGAAGGAUUGAAGCAGCCUAGCCAAAGCUUUCUGUGGAUUAAAAAAAAUAUACGAUUUUUUUUUUUUUGGCAGAAGAAAAGGAGAGGAAGACCAGCGGGGCUCUGCAAGGAAAAAAGGGGGAUGUAACUCGUGGAUACGUUUUUUCCACCCCUCAAACGUCUUGUUCUACUUUGUGAACAUUUUCUUUUUUUAAACCCCAGGUCCAGCCGGACGCCCCCAGACCUCCGGGGUGCGAGGAGGUGGUGUUUUUCAUUUUGGGCUUUGCGUGUUUGGUUCUUAGAUUUUGAGAGAGCCUCCUUAUUUCGCCAGACAUCUCAUGCGGGGUGAAGUCCACUCAGCCCCCUCCCUCGAGUCUUCGUGUGCACGGAAUUCAAGGAGAUCCGGUUACUAAGGAUAUAGAGGAAAAAAAUAAAUCGCGUGCCUGCUUUUUUUUUUUUCUUUUAAUUGCCUGCUUCUCCCCACCCCCAAAUUAAGUUGCUUAGCAAGGGGGAAAGAGGCUUUUUCCUCCCUCCAGCAGCCCAGCCGAACGCCUCUCGUUCCCCCCCACCCCUCCCCGCGGAUCUUCCAUGUAGGCAGCCGAGGCUGGCGAGCCCGACACUCGGGAGCCGCUGCGGGGGGGCCUCUUUUUGGGGAGGCGCCGACCGGGGUAGGCUUCGCCGCCCCCAGGGAAGCGGCGGCCGCGUUCCUCCGGGGUGCGCCGGGGCCCGAGAGCCGCGCACGGCGCGGGCCGCGCGGGGUGGGGCAGCCGGAGCGCAGGCCCCCGAGCCCCGGCGGGCGCCCCCGGGCCCCCGCGCGCGCCCCGGCCUCCGGGAGACUGGCGCAUGCCACGGAGCGCCCCUCGGGCCGCCGCCGCUCCUGCCAGGGCCCCUGCUGCUGCUGCUGCUGUCGCCUGCGCCUGCUGCCCCAACUCGGCGCCCGACUUCUUCAUGGUGUGCGGAGGUCAUGUUCGCUCCUUAGCCGGCAAACGACUUUUCUCCUCGCCUCCUCGCCCCGCAUGUUCAGGACCAAACGAUCUGCGCUCGUCCGGCGUCUCUGGAGGAGCCGUGCGCCCGGCGGCGAGGACGAGGAGGAGGGCGCGGGGGGAGGCGGAGGAGGAGGCGAGCUGCGGGGAGAAGGGGCGACGGCCGGCCGGGCGCAUGGGGCCGGUGGCGGCGGCGCAGGCAGGGCUGGUUGCUGCCUGGGCAAGGCGGUGCGAGGUGCCAAAGGUCACCACCAUCCCCACCCCCCAGCCGCGGGCGCCGGCGCGGCCGGGGGCGCCGAGGCGGAUCUGAAGGCGCUCACGCACUCGGUGCUCAAGAAACUGAAGGAACGGCAGCUGGAGCUGCUGCUCCAGGCCGUGGAGUCCCACGGCGGUACGCGCACCGCGUGCCUCUUGCUGCCUGGCCGCCUGGACUGCAGGCUGGGCCUGGGGGCGCCCGCCGGCUCGCAGCCCGCGCAGCCGCCCUCGUCCUACUCGCUCCCCCUCCUGCUGUGCAAAGUGUUCAGGUGGCCGGAUCUCAGGCAUUCCUCGGAAGUCAAGAGGCUGUGUUGCUGUGAAUCUUACGGGAAGAUCAACCCCGAGCUGGUGUGCUGCAACCCCCAUCACCUUAGCCGACUCUGCGAACUAGAGUCUCCCCCUCCUCCUUACUCCAGAUACCCGAUGGAUUUUCUCAAACCAACUGCAGACUGUCCAGAUGCUGUGCCUUCCUCCGCUGAAACAGGGGGAACGAAUUAUCUGGCCCCUGGGGGGCUUUCAGAUUCCCAACUUCUUCUGGAGCCUGGGGAUCGGUCACACUGGUGCGUGGUGGCAUACUGGGAGGAGAAGACGAGAGUGGGGAGGCUCUACUGUGUCCAGGAGCCCUCCCUGGACAUCUUCUAUGAUCUACCUCAGGGGAAUGGCUUUUGCCUCGGACAGCUCAAUUCAGACAACAAGAGUCAGCUGGUGCAGAAAGUACGGAGCAAAAUUGGCUGUGGCAUCCAGCUCACGCGGGAAGUGGAUGGCGUGUGGGUGUACAACCGCAGCAGUUACCCCAUCUUCAUCAAGUCAGCCACACUGGACAACCCGGACUCCAGGACGCUGUUGGUACACAAAGUGUUCCCCGGUUUCUCCAUCAAGGCGUUUGACUACGAGAAAGCGUACAGCCUGCAGCGGCCCAACGACCACGAGUUCAUGCAGCAGCCGUGGACUGGCUUCACCGUGCAGAUCAGCUUUGUGAAGGGCUGGGGCCAGUGCUACACCCGCCAGUUCAUCAGCAGCUGCCCGUGCUGGCUGGAGGUCAUCUUCAACAGCCGGUAGCCACGUGGGGAGAGGACAGAGCCGGAGCCCAGCGGGCCCAGUCCAAACUACUUUGCUGCUAAUAUUUUCCUCCUGAGUGCUUGCUUUUCAUGCAAACUCUUUGGUCAUAUCCCCCCCCCCUUCUUCUCAUCGUUGUUGUUUAUGUUCUGUUUUGCUCUUUGAGAAAUAGCUUAUGAAAAGAAUUGUUGGGUUUUUUUUGGGGGGGUGGGGGGGGCAUUGGUAUGGUUGGCAGAAUACCGCGACGUGAGAAGGGGAAGCAGAAAUCAGAGCACCACCGAAGAUGGGGAGCAGGUUCCAACUUUGGGGUCCUCGUUGCCCUUGUCAGGGGUGUGUGUGUGUGUGUGAGAGUGUGUGUGUGUGUGUGUGCGCGUGCGCGUACGCGUACGUGCAGAUGUGGGGGAAGCCGUGUGCUCUGUUUCCUAUGGAUAUUUCCCUGCUGAGAGAUCUGCGCUCCCCAGCGGUGUCUCUCUUGCCCCUUGGACAUGGUCAGUGGGGCAGCGGGUGUCCCAGCAGCGGCCAGCAGCAAGGCUCUGUCCCCAGCCGGGGGAAGCCCCGACCCUGCCUCUCCCCUUCUAGCUCAUUGGCUUGUCCGCAGGCUUCUCAGAAGCCACCCUGCCAGAGGCUGAACCAGAACCUGUUUUUCCACGCUGUCUCACUCCCCUCCGGCCACCCUGCUGACAUUGUCGUGUCUUUCUUUUUUGGCCACCUGCUCCUGGAUACCUCUGAGAUGGGCUUCCCGAGGGUUGCCGGGGCAGCCCCGUCACAGUAUUGCUCACCCAAUGCCCUCUCAGGCCCCUCCGCCUCUCCCCUGCCCUGGUUACACCUGGACUCAGAAAACCAGCUCAGCACUUUCCUCCCCUCCGCAGCCUGUGUGUUGAGCUCUGCUGUUAGACCAGCGAGGGGAGCAGCCCCCCUUCCCACCAAGAAGGAUUCGGUCCAUCUUAACCCAAGGUACCACCCUGAGCUGACGCCUAACUCUUUCAUUUCUUCUACAACUCAUACACUCGUAUGAUACGUUGACACUGCUCUUAGCUCAAUGAGCAUGUUUAGACUUUAACAUAAGCUAUUUUUCUAACUACAAAGGUUUAAAUGAACAAGAGAAGCAUUCUCAUUGGAAAUUUAGCAUUGUAGUGCUUUGAGAGAAAGGACUCCUGAAAAAAAAAACCCUGAGAUUUAUUAAAGAAAAAAAUGUAUUUUAUGUUAUAUAUAAAUAUAUUAUUACUUGUAAAUAUAAAGACGUUUUAUAAGCAUCAUUAUUUAUGUAUUGUGCAAUGUGUAUAAACAAAAAUAAAGAAAAGAUGCACUUUGCUUUAAUAUAAAUGCAAAUAACAAAUGCCAAAUUAAAAAAGAUAAACACAAGAUUGGUGUUUUUUUCUAUGGGUGUUAUCACCUGGCUGAAUGUUUUUUCUA